ACACCGAGGUUGAAGCUUAAUUUAUUUUACUUCCUCGGUUUCGAGUUUCGCAUGACUGAUCCAUAAAAACCACUUUCUAUUAACUGCAGAUUCUAUUUUUGCUCUUGAAAUACCAACAGCUACGAAGCGAUCUAAGAAUAUCCAGGUGAAUAUUGCAACUUGCGACAGGCGCACAAUCUGGCAGAAGACGAUUCCACAAGCGCCGAUCAGGCAUAUAAGGUUUUCACAUCGAAGGACAACCAGGAAGACGAUUCGAAGCCGCAGCAGUGGGAGGAAUUUGGCCACAACUUUGAACCUGGAGAGCUUGAACUUCUCAAGCAAAGUAUCGCACAAAUGGCUCUCAGCAGGAUCGACGGCCAGGAUGAGCUAUUCGUCGGAGGACUCUGGGCUUUGCGCCGCUCAGACUCGCUGACGGAUCGUCGCAUCACGCAUGUCCUCUCCCUCGUCCCAUUCGACAUAUCAAGCCUCAAAAACUUCAAGGACGAACCAUGGAUCGACUACGGAAAAGACCUACAACACCAAGUUAUCGACAUUGACGAUGUGGAGGACGCUGACUUGCUGAUUGAGCUGCCCAAGGCUGUCAGAUUCAUCGAGGAAGGUCUAGGCGCGAGCUGGCUUGCGAAGGAUGAGGAGGAUGGGGGCGUCUCGUUAGAGAAGGGUGUCGAGGACCUCGAUAUUGGAGAAAAGAGGAGGAAGAAGAAGGGAGGCGUCUUUGUUCACUGUGCGGCUGGAAAGUCGAGAUCUGUUUCGGCGGUUAUUGCUUACUUGCUUAGGCGAUAUCCAAGCCGUUUCGACCCUAAUAUCACGCCGACUGCCAUUUCGGAUCCGACCAACUCGGUUCCCCAGACUGAAGAGAAGCGUUCGAGAAAAGAUACCGCUAAAGAGGCUGUCCAUGCUGCACUUACGUUUGUGCGCAGAACUCGACCCAUGGCUGAACCCAAUGAGGGCUUCAUGGAGCAGCUAGCCUUGUGGUGGGAGAUGGGUUGCCCGGAUGAUAUCGAAGGACACCCUGUCUAUCAGCGGUGGGCUUACAAGCGUGAAAUCGACGAGAACCUUGCAGUAGGCCAGGCACCGACAAGGCUUCGCUUCGAAGAUGAAGAGACACAGCCUCGUGAUGACUCGGGUCUUAGUCUCCGGUGUAAGAAGUGCCGUCGAACUUUGGUCACGGCACCCUUCAUUGUGGAGCACAAGCCUUCUGACAAGAAGUCCUCGGCGUCUACAUGCCAGCAUUACUUUGUCGAACCACUUAGUUGGAUGCGCGGGGUCCUUGAACAGGGAGAGCUCAACGGAAGAUUAUUAUGCCCCAAUGCAAAGUGUGGCGCUGGUGUAGGCCGGUACGACUGGAAGGGUUUUCGGUGCUCCUGCGGCGGAUGGGUGACGCCGGCGUUCUCGCUCCAGAAGGCGAGAGUCGACGACGUCGUCAAGCGGCCGGCGACUCAGAGCAUGGGGAUCCGGAUGCCGCCCGGGUUAGCUCCACGGAGCGGAAACUUGUGAGGACAGGUGAGGGCGGAAUUACUACCAACCAAUACUACACAAGAGCGCCGCAUAAACACUGAUUCAGGCCCAUGUUACCGAUCCGUGCCUUGAGAGACCCGGCCUCCGCGGACCCGUUGUUAUGUCCGGUGCUUAAGACAUGCCGUAUACUGUUUGACAGGUCCGUCUGGACAUGGAGCUUUACCCUUCUCGAGAUGCAUUCCGCUCUGGCAUGCUGCAUCUCUCAUGCAGAACGAACCACUGGGAGAGAGGGAGCAAAAGCCGGCGGGGUACUGGGCGGGAUCAAAAGCCUUAGGGCUUACAGGGCGUGAGGUGUGCGCUGUGGAAGGGAGAAGAGAAAGUGUGUCUUGGUGCAUUUUGCAUCUCGUCGUGGAUAAGCCCGGGAGACUCGGGCUGCAUGAAGAGGGGAUCUUCGCAGAGCAGAUGGUUCCUGGGAGACAAAGUCCGACGGAGAGAAAAUGGAGACCGAGUUCGGGGUCCAGAGAAGACCCAAGGCAUCAGCACUAGACCUCGUUGGAGCGUCGUAUCACCUCUACCUGUCAGAGAUCAGAUCAAUAUCCAAACAGAAGAAAGAGUAACAUGCGCACGCCUCUGUUAAUACAUACGAUAGUGCCCUACAGCCCUGCAUGAGCAGAUCCUUCAAAUGUUUAGCUCCAUGAUUCGACGUCUUGUUGUCUUGUUCCCAUGUGGAUCUUCUUCUCCAUAAUUGCUCUACUUUCAACUAUUUAAUCUAAUCGAGGCAAUUCUGAUGGCAGCCCUAGCUAGAAUCCUUCUAUAUGGCCCGGCGUCUUACAUAGCUCGAUCCACCACGGAAUUCCGACAUAGCCCAGCCACUAGCUGACUAUAGGGCUGAUCCCAGGAUUUAAAACCAUGAAAAAAGAAAACAAAGAAGAAAUACAGACAAUCACGAAACUUUGAAUACGCUACGCUUACUGAUAUACCCCGUUUCGCCUUGGUCUGAAAAACCCACAUCGGGCGUAAGCCAGUCAGCACCACCGUCUUCACCUUGGUUGAAGGAUCGCGCUCAUUGUGGAAAAACCUUGGAUGCGAGCUUGUACAGCGGGGACAUUUGUCCAAAGGGCCUUUCUACCUAUCGCCAUUUGAUCUAUGAUGCGUCAAGGCGGAGAAAAAAGAAGACAGCGCUGUCUUGGCGGUUCCGCUUACGCCCGGCGAUUGCCCUUUGGGGUAUAUGCUUUAUCUUUUUUUGUCUUACCAGCACCAUUUCAGCCUUUUGAGGUUUGUAUUUAGCCCUAUUUUGUGUGUAAAGUUGAGUUAUCUAAACGCCAUGCUUGGCGGAUAUAGCUUCGAGGUUGGUCAUAGCUCCCCUUGUCUAUUCUCAU